AAUGAGGAAGUAAAUAAGCAUGAGUCAGACAGAGGAGCCGGUUUCAUUCAAGUUUUAGUCUAUACCUGUGGACCACUUCUGUUGUCUGUCCAUGUUCCAGUUAUGGCAGAAUUUGGGGAAAACUAUAGCAGCAGCCAGGCGGAAGAACACCACGGAACUAAGGACUGUAAUGCGGCGGAGAGCGUUUUGGGGACAGGUGACCCCUCGGUGAUAGUCCCCAGGGGGCUGCGGUCCUCACAUCAUACCCACGGACAGAAGAAGUUAGUCCUGCAUGUGGACCUGAACAACACUAUACUGGUGUCGGACGCGGUGACGGCUCAGGGGACGGUGGCGGCUUUGGAUUACUACCUCACAACAGUUACAUGGGGGAGGAUGAACCCGAAGGGAAAGUGGGAGUGGCUCAGUGAUGCUCCGUCCCUACUGCCACCAUGUGAGGGUGCAGUUAGUUACUACUCCCAGUUUGGACGGACACCGGGUUUCACCUCUUCUGCUGGGCGCUGUUUCCGUGGGAUUCUGGAUGAACAUCUGGGUCUUCUUCGCUGGCCAGAGGGAGUCAAGGCAGACAGAGAGCUGUCUGUAAAGGGAGAAGAUGGACAACUGUACCACUGGAUCCUGCCCUCCUUCUUCCAGCUGCUCAAAGACCUGGUGCAGGAGGGAAGGGAGUUUGCCGUCCUGUUUCGUACAUUUGGAACUGACCUACCUCGUGUGCUGAGUGCAGUAUCUAGAGCACUGAAUGAAGGGGCUCACCCACUGUUCCCUGACCUGCCUGAUCUCAAGCUGAGCGUGAAUACGACUCCGGGCAAAAUCCGCUGCAGUAAGAACAGCGUGGUGCUGAGCCGAGCCCAGGAGCGAGUGUCGGCUCGUGAUGGAGAAAGAGGACUGUACCAGUACCUGAGCUCGGUCCAGGGCCUGGGAGGCUUCCAGGACCACUUCGACUGGUGGGCUCGGAACUCCUUUUCUAUUCAUGGGGGGAAACCACUGUGGGUCGACCCCUUUGACCAGGACGUUCAGCACAUCUUCAUAGAUGACAACAUACGACAGAAUGAUGACGAUACCAUAGUCCAGCCCCUGGUUUUCCUGGACCCACAUGGCACUGAGACCCGUACUGCCUGCACCUCCGAGCUCUACGACAUCACCUUGAUCCAGAACGACCUCCUUCGAGCCAUUUCUGACACCAGUUACUUCACUCAGCGUAUAAACAUAUGCCAGGAAAACUAUGAGAGGAACUUGCAGCAGGGGACGGGAUAAAGUCCAUCCUGGGAGUUAUGGGUCUGUCUGUCAUUCAGCCUCUGGUUCGGGGUCCCUCAAAAACCAAGACGUAUCACUGUGGAUACUAUGAUGGCUACUUCACACAAAUGAAGGUGCUUACAUAUGAGAGAAGGCUACAUGGACAAAUAUGUGGAUGAAGACAAACAUGUUACAGGAAACACUCCAGAAGAACAAACUAAAUAACUUGAGGAAAAUGUAGCAGCUUUUAAUAAAUGUAAAGUAGUUAAAUACAGUGGUAAACAUCUCAUACACAGACCACUCCAAAAUUAUAUUAUCUUGUGUGUUUUUCAAUGUGAACGUCUUCAAAAACAGUUUCCGUGCUUAAUUAAGCACUAAAGCUGCCAGGCCAGACUCUUUGAUAGUAGAAAAAGCUCUGUGGCUAAUGAUGGCACAUGAUAAUUGACCUAACUCCUCAAAUGUGUGUCGUACAGAAUAAUUGGGGUCGGAUUUGGUCAGAAAGCCUUCAAGUGUUUUCUUAGUUGACUAGUGAGUUGAGUCCACGGUUUUGUUCCAGCUCCUCAUUUGUCUUCAUCAGGACUUAACUCUGUGACAUGAAGUGAUUCUGUGACUGCAUAGACUUCAGUGUUUACAUCUGAAUAGAAAGGUUAAUACUUGAAUAUUUAAUUGUAUGUUCAGACAGAUUCUUCAUAAUUCACAAAGGCCAUUGCAAAGACAGACGUUCAGUAUCAAAGUGAACACUUAGAGCAAACCUUGGGUUUAAAGUAGGGCUGUUUGAUAGGAUUAAAAAUGUCAUCAGUCAGUAUUGAUAAUUAUUACCAUAAAUGCCAAAUUAUUAUUUCUUUACAGGUUAAGGCUGAUUUUAGUCUGGAGUGAAAGCUGAAAAAGACAGUUGUGGUUUUAGAUUAUUUGUAAAAGAUGGAAUAUAACAAAAACUCCUCUAGUCUGAUUUCAUGAUUUAGUAUGAGAUUUACUAUGAGAUGAAGAUUUUCUUUAUUUUUAAUUUAAGUGGCUGCUGGCUUUCACAACAUCAAACCAAAACAAAGAAACUGAUUGCAAUCAGCAUUCUUAUUCAACAAGAUGAAAACAAAGUAAAAAAUGUUUUCUUUUUAACCCUUCCUUAAUGGAACGAACGACUUUCCUGACAAAUUAUCCUCAAAUUUGUAAAAUAGUUAUAGCCUAAUUAUCACUAUUCCAUUAGUCUUUCUGUGCUUGCGCAUUUGAAUCGCUGUUGCGUGGAAUUCCUAUUCCCACAAUACACUUUGUGACAAAAUUUCCGAAAAGGCCCGAGUGACAUUUUGAUUUGUUAUGUAAACAUGUGGACUAUGUUUAUGAUGGAGUCAUCUUCAAAGUUGUUCACUGCGAAGGAAGUGAUUCAGGUGUGUAAGCAAAGAAUUACUAAUGGAUUAAUUAUAAUUAGGCUAUCACUGGGGUUUAAGAAAUUUGAAAAAGAAUUUGUCACAAAAGUCAUAUGCUGCUUUAAGGUGAGAAUAUCACAAACACUUCACAAUUUUAGAAAUGUAUUGUUAAAACCUAUUAUAAGGAUAAAAUGUUUCAACAAAAAACAAAGAUUUGAGCAUUUAGUUUUUAUUUGAGAACAAAAUGAACCCUAAAAAAAAAAACAACAAAAAAUGUCAAGAUGAAAUUAGUUUUUAAAUCAUAAUUAAUGAUUCACUUAUCAUUGAUUAUGUCAUUCAAGAAUUAUAUUACAAUAAUAUCUAAAAUUCUGUAUAAUUUCUUCUAGCCCUACUUUAAAAUCUGUAUUGUGUGUCUGUUUUGCCGGAAUUGUUGUCAUCAGCCUGUUUGAUCCAUACCAGUGCACAUCAUUUCCUAAAGGGAAGUCGACGUGUUCCUUAUCUAAAAUGUUGCUCAUUUAUUAAUGCUUUUAUGAAAGUACUUUCAUUCUACAAAGAAUAUCCUCAAAAUGUGAACUGACACAUAUCUGUUUGGUUGGACAUAGGUUUCUGAAGGGUUUUGCACAGAUCUUUUUUAUGCACUUGUGUGAAUCUUUGAUUAUAUUGGAUUAGUGCGGGGGAUAUGGUAGUUUUUCCUCAGAGGAUUGUAGGAUCUAUUUAUUGUUGAGCUGUGCAGGGAGAUUUGUAACUGCUGUUUUAUACUCAGGUCAAUCUUGGACUUAAAACCAAAAGCAGAAGGUAAGAAUAAUCUAAAGAGAAUACUCAGGUGCAGUUUUCCUUUGAGGACACUGGAGUGAUAACACCUGCAUGAGGGUAUUUUCUCUUUUAUUAUUAUAUGUUGCUUUAUCCUUUUUGUGGAAUGACUCCCUUGUGGAGAGUUAAGUGUAAGUGAAUACACUGUAAUGAAGUGUUUCGGAAGGUGAUUGCUGUGCAUGGUGGUCAUAUAUAUAUGCACAUCACAUCCAAAGUUGAAGUUUUCAACAUUAACAAACUCUUUACUGUUCAUUUAUGUAUUCUCUGAUGUCAGAUAUAGCCAUUUUCUUUUAAAUAAAUCUUUGAUGAAA